CCAGCCAUCCCUGUGGAAAAUUAACCAUGCAUCCACAUCUAGUGUACCAUUGAAGAAAGACCAACCAUGCAUACUUCAUUAUUAGGCAGGUCAUUGUUGAUCAGUCGGUGGUUUGAACAAUUUUCAUCAAUUUUUUUUUGCUGUUAAUUCCUGCUAGUUGCCGUGUCAACAUGGUAUUGGUCUCCAUACCUUUAUUCUUUUUCAAUAUCCUAUGGUUUUAAAAAAAUCUGGCAUCUUUAAUUACCUCUCUUUCCUAAAAUUAUGAAACAUUUCUUCAAAUUCAUAUUCUUAAUUUGCAGAUACAUUUGAUAUUGUGAAGUUUAGACCUUCUCAGGGUCAUUUAAAUUGAAAAAACAAGACAUGAGUAGGACUUUCAUGACGUUACUAUUACCUUUUCUUGCUGCUGCUGCUGCUCCUCCUCCUUCAGAUCAGCCAUGCUAAUUAAGCAUAGUCUUUCAGUUGCAAGAACCCCACAAUUUUCUGCCUGAUGUAAUUAAGUCUAGACUUUGCAACUCAAUGAUGAGAGAAGAAAUAAGAUGAUUACAGGUUCAAGAGAAAAGGUUUUUCAAGCAAAGGGAGAGGGAGAUGCUGCUAAUGACAACAAGUUAUCCAAGGCAGCACCAUCUACUCCUUCAAGACAUUGGUCAGCAUUUAGGAAUCCAAGAAUUGUGCGAGUGUCGCGAUCUUUUGGAAGAAAAGAUAGGCAUAGCAAGGUUUGCACUGUGAAGGGAUUGAGGGACAGGCGAAUCAGGCUUUCUGUGCCCACAGCCAUUCAGUUAUAUGAUCUUCAAGAUAGGCUGGGGUUGAGCCAGCCUAGCAAGGUAAUAGAUUGGUUGCUUGAUGCCACUAAGAAUGAUAUUGAUAAGCUUCCAACUCUCCAGAUUCCUCAAGGAUUUGGCCAAUUCCAUGAUCAGCAGAUGCUGCUUUCUCAGCUAUCAAAUUCAUCUCUUGUUCCUAGUUUCUUUGAUUCGAAUUCGGAUGGAGGAUUUCACUCCCUAGGAAUAAAGAUCAAUGGUAAUAGUGAAGCUUCAUUGAGAUCAGGAAGAAGUAAUGAAGUUGAAGUUAGUAUUGCUGACAAAGGAAAGUGGAUCAAAACAAAUGAACAAGAAAAUCAAAAUUGGUUUUGCAAUUACACUACUACUGGAAAAGUCUCAGCUCAAAAGUUCUUUCCUCUAACCAGUAGUAGUACUCAAUCUUCCUUACCUGGUUUGCCAAACAAUCCCAUUUCCUUCAAUCCCUACUUCCAUUGGGAUCAAUUUCCGAUCCAUGGAUUUCUACCCAAAUCAGAAACUUCCCUCAACAGCAACAGCACUGUUUCAUUGCCACCAUCAUCAUCAUCACAACCUUUUUCCUCUGCUUCUCAAUUCUUUCUAUGUCCGCUCGCAACAAUGUCUUCAUUCUUUCCGCAAUAUCCUCCUUAUGCUGCCACUCCCUUAGAGAAUGAGUCGAAGGAAAUCAACCAUUUCCGGUUGCUGAGCUCAGGUUCACAGCAUAUCCUGCCAAAUUCUCGUGCAAAAAGCUAACCAAUGGAGAAAUUUCUCAUUGAAUGGAAAUCCUGGAUUUGCUCAUUCUCAUCAAAGUAACAAUGUAAGGCAGCCUGUUCAUAAUGCCUCGCCACAUGGCUAUAGUUUAAUAAGUUCAAGCAGAACUCAGCAAGCACAUGGUCUGGGCCUCUAGGGAGAAGUAUUGGAUUAUAUAUAUAUAUAUAUAUAUAUAUAUAUAUAUAUAUAUAUAUAUAUAUAUUGCUGCUCUAAAAUUGAAAAUGCUGCCUCAUUUCAUCCCAAUGCAUCAUCAUGGAAGCAAUAUCAACUUGGAGUCAAUUAAUCGCCUGUCGCCAUGUUCAGUUGUUUCCUUCUAAUACAAGUAAGAAGCUAGUUAUUUCUCCCGUGUUAACUAGUUUUAUUUAUACAUACAGAUAUGAUUAGCAGAUAGUGAAAGCUGAAGUUUGUAAUGUGGCAAUCUUAUAUACAUUUGCAUUUUUGGGUUUUAAUUCAGUUCUUGGAAUGCUUGAUAAUGCACAUUGACGAGUGUUAUAA